AUGAGUACAUACUAUACGUCAUUGAAACACAAUCACAACAACUGUGGCCAGAAUAGAAAAGGAUUGGGGCAUGCCUUGUCUAACUCAUUACAACUUUUUGAUUUUGUUUACAAUGGGCUACGUAGGACGUAUGUUGAUGCUGGUGGAAAUAUUGAAACUUUGGAAGUCCAGGAACCACCAGAUAUCAAUUUCAAUGAACUAUUUCUUGACGUCUCGUUUCUCAUGAGGGGAAACCUUAUCAAUAAAGUGAAUCCUGAUGAGUUUCCAUCUUGGGACACUGCCAAUGAGUUGUUCAAAAAUGCUCUCGAUAUUGUUGGAAUUGACAAUCAAGUAAUGAAGAUCAAAUCCACAUACAAUUUUAUGAAAGAGACUUAUGAUAAUGACUGUAUUGUGUCUCUUGAAAAUAUUGAAACCAGGCUUGAGGUAAUUCGAUUGUUCUUACUCUUUGCAAUUGGAAGAUUACAUGGUGGAGACGUUGUCUCAGAUCAAUAUCCCGGUCUUUCUUAUUUCCGUCUCGUGUUCUCGUUACUUCAAGAUUACUAUGGAGCUCCAACUCUUGCAUAUGUGGAAUGUCUUCACCUAGUGACCAUAUACCUGAUUGGACUCAACAAACUUGAUUUUGCAUAUAUGUAUUCAGGAAAUGCGGUGAGAGUAGCGAGCCUGCUUCGCCUGAACAUGAUUACAACAUAUGAGGACAAUCAUUCACAGAUUGAAAAGGAACGUAUGAAAAGAUUAUGGUGGUCGGUUACCAAUGUGGACUUCUUUGCAGCAUCUUGCCUGGGAACGCCCGCAUUACUUCCAAUUGAGGUGGUCCCGGACAUUGAUCUCCCCGAAGAUGGGAAGUAUGGUGGGGAGUUACCCACAUCAUUCUUUUUGAAAGAAAAGAUUGUUUUAACGAAAUUGAAACAGAAAAUUCUUACCUGCGCCUCUAUCAACUCUAGAAAUGGGCUUGUUGCAAAUAUUGACGAUAUCUUAGAAAGCUUGUGUGAACGCUCCCGUUCGAUCACUUCGGAAACUUCAAAGAUGUUACAUUUCGACGACAAAAAGUUAUUUUGGCGCCUCUUGUUUGCAUUAGUUUUUCGUCUAAAUGAAUGCAUUAUCUUAGUCACCAUUCAAUCAUUUCUAAGAAAUAUCCAGCCACAAACUACCCGUACGAUUUCCGACAAAAAUUCCACAAAUUCUCCCACAUCGUCAAACUCUUUGGAUUUUAAGUUGAGCAACAUGUGCCUGGCUGCUGCAAUUUCUAACAUUCGUGUCUACAAACUUCUUUCAUCAAGGGGUGAUGUUUCAUUUUUUGGAUUCAUAGAUUCCAACUUUCUCUUUCUUUCCGCUAUUGUUCUCAUGCUUACAGAGUAUCUUGACGAUAACCUAAAAUCAAGAAAUACUAGUUUGCUACUCAAUGACUGCACAACUAUCUUUCGCGAUUUGACAAAUAGUGGGAGUGUUACCGCUAAUGAUCAUCUCAUCAGAUUGCAAAAGUUGCGAAUUCUUUUACUACAAUUGAAUUAUACGCUGGAGCACCCAACUACUGGUAAAGAGAGUAUUAUCACUGUUGGUGCUAGAAAAGAUGUAUGCGAUGAUUUCGAUAAUUCUGCGUUUGACUAUCAAAGUUUUGAACAUUUCAAACUGAUAGAAAACAUAGCACUUGAGAAGCUAAGGUGA